AUGGACCGUGGAAGUACUGGAACAGCUGCGGGGAUCGACCCCAAAAUCUUGGAUAAUUGGCAAACUGAGGCCGCCUUUUCUGUCGCAUCGUGGGAACAUCUGGGAUAUGACCAACCUCCCGAGUGGGACACCAGUCAGGAAUCGAGCCAGUGCGAUGCAGAUAUCGCGGACCUAGGCACGUUCCAUGGCCCUAUGAAUGCCGAAUACCGUCGUCUGGAGAACAGGAAGCACGAUAUAGCCCUCGAGAAUCCGAGCUACUCCGAGGGCAUUGUCGAGGGCACUGGUAGUGGCACUAUCAGUCCCAAGACGAUUCCAUCGUCCGCUGACGAGAACUUCCAAUCCGACGAGGGUUGGCCGCAAUUCCAACUGUACAACUCCGUGGCCAUGCCCUUGGAUGCAUCUCUUCUCUACCCCUAUGCGAAGGGACCGAAUCACUCGACUGGCGCUGUUAUCGUUGACGAUGUUGGAGAAAUACCUCACGGCGGGUUUGCAGAUGCCCCGGCGGAUGGCAUCAUGUCGUUUCAGCAAAUCCCACAGGUCUUCCCCAUGAUGCCCGAGCAGUGGGCCGAGAUUCCACACGGUGUGCCCAUGGAUAACAUGCCUCCGCCGCAAGAAUCAAUGUCGCUACCGGUCUCCGCACACCAGAGCCCCAAGGAUCACUCUAUGUGCGAGUUUCAGACUUCUAUCAGAUCGCUGGAAUCGCGCUGGCUGAAUAGUCUGGAAUCUCAACUACCCACCCCACAGAUAGCACAGGCCCCUCAGAUUGUCGGCCAGAGAAGCACGCAUGUGGGCCAGGAAUUCCAAUUCAAAUCGGAGAAUUCUUCGGUGUCGGGCGACUUGUCUGGUAUAUACGAAUGCUCCUAUUCGGCUACCAGCGACGACGCCCCAGCUUUUGCGGAUCGCCAGCUGGAAGAUGAUGAAACCCAGUGGAAGACCUCACCGCAUGGAUCUGCUUCGCCAGAGGCUGCGCAAUCUGUAUUCAAGACCACUGCCUUCAUGGUGAGUGAGAAUCCUGCGGAGUCUCUGGUCUCUACCGUGCCUUCAAGGUCAAGGACCUCAUCGACUGCUGGCCAACGUGCCGGUCGACCCGCACCACUUGCAAUGCAAUCCACGGCUACAAUCCGAAAGCGCAAGACCAGAAACCCUGGCUCCUCAAUCGACCAUGGCAUCCCGCGCCCAUUGCAGAUUGUCCAGGAGGAUGGCCAAGGUGGCUCUAUUGCGUCUGCAGAUUUCGUCUCACCUCCACGAGGCGCUCGUCGCAAGGGCCCAUUAAGCAUGGUUGGAAGAGCCAAUGCUGGCCUCCGUAGAAAGAACAAGGAUACUUGUGUUCAGUGUCGACUGAACAAGCGCAAGUGUGAUGGAAGCUCACCUUGCGAUGCUUGUCGUCCGACCCUUCACGAGCAACCCUGUGCUCGUGCUUGCUUCUCUAGUAUCGUUGAGUUCGGAACCUGCAACUACAUCUCUCAACGAGCUGUCAAUCACCCUACUAUGGAUGGUUCGAACCGAGUUCGAAUGGAAAUCCCAUCUGAAUUUGAUCUCAGUCAACUGUUGUCUUUGCUUGCCGAGCGCCAGGGGCGGUUCAACAUCCGCGCUAGCCAGGCAUGGGGCUCUCUCUACGUUCUUGACCUUGGAGAAACCUACAAGUUCUUAAAGAACCUGAGCGAGUACAACGGCAACUCGAAGUCUACCUUCCUAGAGUUCAUUGACCGACGAAUCGUCGACUCGAAGGACAAGUCCAAGAACUGGCUGUCAUGUGUCGCCGACUGCGACCCAAUGAACCAAGCCUACACCCUCCUCUCCCAGUGGAACAACAUGCCCAGCCGCGCCAAAUACAGCUUCGUCUCACUUGACCCAGCAGGCGAAGAACGAACAAUGGACGUUAACAACCCAGAAGAUCAACGCGAGAUCCUCCUCGCAGCCCAACUCUCCCGAAUCUUCUGCCGCAUGCUCGAAGUCGAAGGCUUCCGCAAGCUCGAGCGCGACUUCUACAACAUCAAAUGGAAGCAAAUCUCGCACGAGACCCACGUGCGCUUCCUUAGCGAACUCGGUCACAUCCUGCUAACGCUACGCUGGCGUGUGAGCUGGUGGAAGCGCCUCGGCGACGGCGGCCAAACCCCCGAUCCUACACAGCAGCACUACAUCGACCGCGUCGAGCUGCUCUGCCGUAUUCUUUACGUCUACUAUACCUGCGUAUUGGCGAAGCUGCCCUCCUGGUCAGCUGCCGAUGUUCCCAAGGGAAUCUGGUCGACGUAUGCGGACUCGGAGAAUGCCGUCUGGGAUGACUUCCCUUCCGACUCGAGCGACGGCGGUUUCAAUGGCUGGAUGGAGCGCGGCCAGGAUCUAAUCGAGCAGGCCGGUGUUCCCAGCCGGAUAUCGAAGUUCUGA